AUGGCUCAAGAUAACCGCGCGCAAGUGAUUGUUAUUGGCGCAGGAUUAUCUGGUCUCACAGCCGCCUCGGAAUUAUAUAGUCAAGGCAUUGACGUCAUUGUCCUUGAGGCAUCAUCCAAUGUAGGCGGCAGAGUGAAUUCAGCCAAUACCAAACUAGGGUCACAUUUGGAUCUUGGUGGACAAUGGAUUGGGCACGGACACCACCGCAUCGCUGCUCUGGUAGGCAAGGCGGGAGGCACGAUAUACCAGACAUACUCACGAGGUCUACCGACGAUUGUUCGUGAAGGUCGCACUGUGUCCAUUUUCUCACCAUCAGUGCUUCUUGCGGUAGUUUAUCUCAGCUUCCUCGAGUUCGCGAGCAGGUUGUAUGUUCCGCGACGAUGGAUUACAGUCACAUUGGACAAAGCCCUUACAACAUUGGUUCCGUUGGAUAUGGCUCGAGAACUUCUUUACCUUCUCAUUCAAAUCUCUUCUACCUCGGAACUAAGCCUUUAUUCGGUCUACAGCUUCGCGAGAUCGAUUCGUGUAUCUGGGGGCUUGCUGGCUAUGCUCGGGACCCAUGGCGGAGCUCAAGACAGCUUGGUUGUGGAAUCUAUGAGCAUCGCCACCUCCAUGUUGGCCAGCGAGCUCUCUCACAGGGUUAUGACAAAUAUGCUGGUCACAAGCGUGUCUCAAAAUGGUACCGAUGGAGUGACGGUGCGUACGGAGUCAGGCCGAGAGUUCCACAGCAGGAAAGUCAUUGUCACGGUUCCCCCGCCAAUGUUAAAGAGCAUCACAUUCGACCCGCCGAUGCCCGCCUACCGUAAAGCGCUUCAAGAGAAUACCCGCAUGGGCGUCGUCUAUAAGGCCAUCGCUGUUUAUGAAGAGCCUUUCUGGCGUGAGGGAUUGGGUGGAGAAUUUCUAGUGCUUGACGAUCCCGGAUUUGGCGUUUUUGACUCUUCAUCACCUGAUGGCCCUGGGCAUUUGUGCUUCCUCGUAGCCGGUACCCCCGCACGCCAGCUCGACACGCUUGAUUCGAAUUCACGACGCGAUUUGCUAUUGUCGCGGCUUUUGCCACAUCUCGGGAAUCGAGUAAUGCAGCCUGUGGACUGGCACGAAAAAGCGUGGCAUUCGGACGAGUAUUGCGGUGGCGGCUAUUUAGCAUACCCCAUUGCUGGUACCAGUGAGGGUCUUUUACCAAUGCCUCAUGAACCAAUCAACAAUCUGCACUGGGCGGGAACUGAGACGGCGCAGGAACAUCCUGGAUAUCUUGAAGGAGCUGUGCAGUCUGGCGAGCGUGCCGCUUGUGAGGUUGCACAUGCGUUGCGCGGAGCGCAAACCAUCGAACAGAACUAA